AUGGAGGCGCUCGUCAUGAGCGUCGCACUGCCUGCGCUGCUGGCACAGUAUGCGCUGGUGUUCAUGGCGGCCACCUCGGCUCACACGCGCAUGCCCGAGUGUCUCCCCGUGCAGCUGGGCGGCUAUGACGAGGCGUACCGAGCGUGGGAUGCCGGCGUCUGCUUUACCGAGGAGCAGCUGUGGCAUGCAGCGUGCACGACGGCCGACUGCCGCGCGGAAGAGGUGCGCCUCUCUCUCCCCGGCCGGGACGGGGGCGCCGGCUCGGGCACCGGCUUGGGCGACUACUUUGCCGCUCUCGCGCCGGACGAUUCGCUGAGAGAGCCCGUGUGGGGCGGCUGCUCGGCGUCGCAGGUGAACUCGAUUUGGAGCAGGUUCGAGGCCGCCGGCGCCUGGCGGGGCGCGUGUGUCCCCUUUGGUGACAAGCGGUCCACCCUGCUGCGCCACUGCGGACCCGAGCAGGCGCUGGCUGACGGCGAGUUCUUCUGGCCAGUGGCGGAUCUGCGCGAGGUUGGGGAGAGGGACCCCGAGCGAAACUGCACGACCGAGCAUGGGGCGAGCGCCAACGGGGACGCCUUCUUCGGCAUCACAACUUCGCCGCCGACGACGAUCGCCACCGCGAUCCGUGCGCGGCACCGCGCGCGCACACGCAUAGACGGAUGGCUUCGCGCCUGA